UUAUAAUCUGAUUUAGAAUCAAUAAUCAAAGACUUUAAAAGACAAUUCGACUAUCACUUGGCAUAUCAAUCUUAAUCAUUACUGCAUCACAACGACAUUCAAUAAAUUGACAAUCGAUUCAUAAUGAUUAAAUCUUUUUUAUUAUUUUCAAUCUAUAUCGGAUCAAUAUGGACGUUGCCCGUGUCCGAAUUGGCUGGCAUGCAUCAAAUGGACGAAGGAAUGAUCAACGUUGGUGAUAAUAAACCAACUAAUUUGACCAUUUGUAAGGAUAAAAAAGAUGGUGCAUUGAUCGGUGAUGAACAUGAUCGUACCUUAUUUUAUGAAUGCUCAAAUGGUUUGGCAUUUCCAUUUCAUUGUCCACCCGGUUUGAUUUUCGAUGACACACGUGGUACUUGUACAUUUGAUCCGGAUGCCUCAACAAAAAAACCACCAUAUCAUGGAAAUUCUAAAUUCAAUUGCACCGGUAAAGAGGAUGAUUUCUAUCCAGAUGAAAAGGAUGCAACAAAAUUUCAUGAAUGCGUAAAUGGUUAUCCAUAUGAUUUUGAAUGUCCACCAAACACCGUAUUCGAUGCAAAAAGAAAAGCCUGUGCAUUUCGUUCAGCUGAACAAUCGCUACAAGAAAACGAACAAUCUCAACCUCAGCCUCAAUCACAAGAACAACAUCGACAAGCUCGAGAUGUAACUGAAUCAACAACGACCGUAAUGACAGAACAAUCAACCGAUCAAUCUGUACGACGACAUCGACGUAAUGAUGAACAACAACAAAAACAUCACCAUCAAUUGGAAGAAAUUGCUAAAGAGAAAAAUAUUGAUCUUCAUAUUAUAGAAACAACUACACCGGAAAAUUUCGAUGUAUGGAUUGAUUAAAUUAUAAUUAUAUAAUGAAAUCAAAUGGAUUAUUCAUUCGAAAUAAUCAAUUUGAAAUCCAAUAAAAUUCUGAAUAAUAAGAAAAUGAA